AUGUCAGAUACGGAUAGCAGGCGGCUGGAACAGCACGAGCUGCAGGUGGUGCGCAUUGGCCAAGGCAACGGCAGCUCCAGUGAUAAUGCCAGUCUGGACACCACGCCGAAGCUCUCCAAGCGCAACAGCUCAGAGCGCAGCCUGCCGCUGCGCAGCUACAGCAAAUGGUCGCCCGUGGAGCAGGGCGCGACGCUCGUUUGGAGGGACUUGUGUGUCUACACGAAUGUGGGCUCGGGGCGUGGCAUGAAGCGGAUCAUUAACAACUCAACGGGCGCGGUGCAGCCCGGUUCGCUGAUGGCUCUGAUGGGCGCCAGUGGCUCGGGCAAGACGACGCUAAUGUCAACACUGGGCUACAGGCAGCCAGCUGGCACUGUGGUUCAAGGUGAUAUACUGAUCAAUGGCCGGCGCGUUGGUCCCUUUAUGCAUCGCAUCAGCGGCUAUGUCUAUCAGGACGAUCUCUUCAUAGGCUCGCUCACUGUGCUGGAGCAUCUGAACUUUAUGGCCCAUCUGCGCUUGGAUCGGCGCGUUUCCAGCGAAGAGCGUCGCUUGAUCAUCAAGGAGCUGCUGGAGCGCACGGGUCUGCUUUCCGCCUCCCACACGCGCAUUGGCAGCGGAGACGAUGAGAAGGUUCUGUCUGGCGGUGAACGCAAGCGUCUGGCCUUUGCCGUCGAGCUGCUCAACAAUCCGGUGAUUCUCUUCUGCGAUGAGCCCACAACGGGACUCGAUUCGUAUAGCGCCCAGCAGCUGGUGGCUACGCUGCACGAGCUGGCACAGAAGGGCACCACCAUCCUAUGCACCAUUCAUCAGCCCAGCUCUCAGCUCUUCGACAACUUCAACAAUGUGAUGCUGCUGGCGGAUGGGCGUGUCGCCUUCACGGGAUCGCCGCAGCAUGCGCUGAGCUUCUUUGCGGACCAUGGCUACUAUUGCCCGGAGGCGUACAAUCCGGCGGACUUUCUUAUUGGCGUGCUGGCCACAGAUCCCGGCUACGAGCAGGCCUCCCAGCGCUCCGCGCAGCAUCUGUGCGAUCAGUUCGCCGUCAGCUCGGCGGCCAAGCAGCGCGAUAUGUUGGUCAACUUGGAGAUUCACAUGGCGCAGUCGGGCAACUUUCCCUACGAUACGGAACUGGACUCCUUCCAGGGCGUCGCCUGGUACAAACGCUUCCAUGUCGUCUGGCUGCGUGCCUCGCUGACGCUGCUACGCGACCCGACCAUACAGUGGAUGCGCUUUCUGCAGAAGAUGGCCAUGGCCUUCAUCAUUGGCGCCUGCUUUGCGGGCACCACGGAGCUAACGCAGCUGGGCGUGCAGGCGGUGCAGGGCACCAUCUUCAUCAUGAUAUCGGAGAACACCUACCAUCCCAUGUACUCCGCGCUGAACAUCUUCCCUCAGGGCUUUCCGCUCUUCAUGCGUGAAACCCGCUCCGGCUUGUACACCACGGCUCAGUACUACGUCGCCAACAUUUUGGCCAUGCUGCCUGGCAUGAUUAUCGAGCCGCUGCUGUUCGUCGUCAUCUGCUAUUGGCUAACAGGAUUGCGUGCCACCUUGUAUGCCUUCGGCAUUACGGCCAUUUGCGUUGUCCUGGUGAUGAAUGUGGCCACCGCCUGCGGCUGCUUCUUCUCCACGGCCUUCAACUCGGUGCCGCUGGCGAUGGCGUAUCUCGUGCCGCUUGAUUACAUUAUCAUGAUUACGUCGGGCAUCUUCAUCAAAAUUAGCUCGCUGCCUGUGGCAUUCUAUUGGACACAGUUUCUAUCCUGGAUGCUCUAUGCGAACGAGGCCAUGACAAUUGCCCAAUGGUCAGGCGUGCAGAACAUAACCUGCUUUGGAGAGAGCGCUGAUUUGCCCUGCUUCCACACCGGGCAGGAUGUGCUGGACAAGUAUAGCUUCAUAGAGGCGAACCUCUAUCGCAAUCUCUUGGCCAUAGUCGGCAUCUACUUCGGCUUCCAUCUGCUGGGCUACUACUUCCUCUGGCGCCGCGCGCGCAAGAUCUAGGCAGAAAUUGGCGCCGCUUC